GCGAGCGUUGCGAUUAAUAGCGACUGCACCCGCGGAAUCGCAUUCCGAUCUCGCGAUUUCCAAGUCCGGAGUCCGCAGGAUCGCUCUCUGUCGCUCUCUGUCUCUCUCUCUCUCUUUCUCUCUCUCUCUCUCUCUUUUUUCUCUUCUGAAAACGAACGAUGCAGCAGAUGCGCCGGGCAUAAAUUCCGCGCCGUCCGCGAGAAACUCACCCUCCCCCGCGCUCUGGAGGAGCGAAAUGGGAACGUCAUUUGUCAAAUAGUGCGGAGAUACGCGCGAGUUAGAAGACUGAUAUAUAUCGAUCGACGUAUACGUACAUAUCGAUGGAUUUUUUCCCGCGCGCGUCACGCGAUCGCGCGACAAAAGUGACACCCACGCGAGUGAGUUCCGCGCUUCUCGAUUUAUAAAGUCGGAUGCAAUCACGUCUUUCCGUCUGCAGGUGACGUAAUCGCGCUUGAAAAGAGGAAGCACGGUUUGUCGCGCGCCGUUGCGGAAAACGGAGCGCUCGUAGUAAUUCCUAUCGGCAGCCGUUAUCCGGUUAACGUACAGGAACACCUACGCUCGGAAUUUACGCUAUUCCAGAUAUAUUGGUAUCUAGAAAGAGACAACAAGAUAGAUAUAGAGGGAGAGAGAAAGAGAGAGAGAGAAAAAAAAGGAACUCUCGUUGGGGUUGGAAGAAGAUCGUUCGAAGUGCUAGAGGAAUUGUCUUCCGAGCUUAAUCGCCCGGGAAGACAAUCAAAACCCGUUGCAACAGGAGAGAAAGCCGUCGCUUGGAAUAAACGCGCACUUCGUCGAGAGCGUUGUGUCGCGGGUUGAAGAACGUUGAGGACUUCAGCGCGGAGCAGAAAUAAACCAUCAGUCACGUCUCGAAACAAGAAAGAAGUUAGAAACUUGAACGUGUCAAAUUGCGGUCGAAAUAAUUCGCAAAGUGAUUUAAGUGUGUUACCCAUCCACAGUCGCAAGUGACUCUGUAAAAUUCCUUUCCUCGCCAAGUGGAUUUUCGUCUUCUCGGAAAGAAGGCAAAGAGAUAAAAACCUGUUGCCUCGUGCGAGACAGGUUUGAGGAUCACGUCGGCUCUUUUACGAAGAGAGGAGUAAAUAUUUUCAGCUUUUUUUCAAAAAAGCUUUAUCUUAUCGUCGGAGAGAGACAUAGAGAGAGUUUUAACGUCAAGAUAUCUCAACGAUAUCGAGGAGAACAGAGAGAGAGAGAGAGUUUUUCCGCAGAUAAAAUCGGCGCGCGGAUGAUCGAGCGCGGACUCGAUCGUUCGAAACUCGUUUUCGAGACGGCGCGCAUGCCGAAAGCGCAGUGACCCGCGCGCGCUUUCGCGACGAUAUCGACGAGAGUGUCGCACAACAUUUGCAAAAGUGUCCGAUAAAAAAAAAAACAAACAAACAAACAAAAGAUCGAGCGAUAUGAUACACGAGGAAAUAAUCGAUUCGCGCGCGAAUGUUGCGGCAGUUUUUCGCGCGUUUCAAACUAAAGCGAUAAUCGAUUGAACACCGACGGGUAUCUGGUGUAAAAGCCGGAACAGCGACCGCUUUUACGAGGACAGGCGCAAGUCUUGUUGGAGUGGCAACACAACUCGUCAGGGCCGAAGUAUCGGCGAGCACUUCGGCGCGUAUAUUGGUUUGCGGUAUUCGGCGCGCAGGAGAGGCGACCGCGUUUACGAGGACGUCGGAGAGUGUAGUGUGCCUACGCUCGGCGCGAUAAUCGGCCGCCGUUCGCUUUCACCUCCUCGGCUCGUACAGAAACGUGACGGCGGUAUUCCGUAAUAAAUCUAAUAGCGGAGUCUCUCCGCGGCGCGUAUAACGGUUUUAAGUACGAAUAUUACGCGCCGGCGAGCAAAUCGCGCGACUCCGACGCCUUGCGCAAUCGCGCGUGCAGAGAAGCGUCCCCGAGAGGAAUCGAAGAGGAGAAGAUUAGCGGCUAAAGGGAGAAAAAGAGAGAGAGAAAGAGAAUCGUGAAACGCGCGAGAGGACAGUCUCUCGACGAGAGAGUGGGUCGCCGCGGGAAUUUUUAAAGAGUUUACGAGGUCCCGGACGUGGUAAGCGGUUGAUUGGACGACUUCGUCGUCGUGAGUUUCGUGUGAAACGGAACGCGUGAAUUAACUUGGGUCGCGCGGAUUGACUGACGAACAGAGAAGCGAAGAAGAAACGAAGUGAACGGAGACCGGUGGGAUCACUCUCCUGACUUGAAGCAAGAUAAGAUAAUAUAUCCCGACGAGAAAGAGAGCGAGUGUUUUGUGCCGAUGUGCAGCGGGACAUCGUCGAGAUCGUCGCGGCGCGCGAUUCCGAUCGAUCGAUCGGCCCGGCGAUAAGAGGAGGCGCGACAUUCCAACGGAGUAUAUACAACGGCGAUGUCGUCGGCGUGAAGGAGAAGGCACGAAGAAGACGACGAGAGUUCGCGAGUUCCUCGCACAACGUUUGUUUCCGCGCUUCCUCAUCGAGCGACGCAUCGUCUCUCCUUCUCUCUCUCUCUCUCUCUCUCUCUCUCUCAGGGGAAUCCCAAGAGAGCGUAAAAAGCCGGCAAGCUGGAUGCUACAGACGGUGCCUCGCCCCCUCCGCCCCCGCCCGACAUUACUGUCACGCAGGAUGACCGCUUCGGGAAGCGGACGGGUGGCAGUGCCAGGAGACCCAACGAAUGUUUCGUCCUCGAGCCAUCCGAGAUGAUUGUCAUCGACUACCCGGAAGUUCACGGUGGAGGAAGGAUGCAUCGACCACCGCACCCCCAUCCCAUAACUGACCACCGUCAGGUCAACCUGGUCUUCGAUGACACGUUCUCUCAAGGUCUGACGGGCAGACCGGAGCUGUAUCAGAAAUCGAACAGGAGCAGCCAUUCGAGUGACACAAGUUCAGCAUACAGUGGAUCUGACACCAUGACAUCUGUACAAAGUUCAUUAGACGCGGAUCCUGAUGAGGUGGAUCUCUCAGGACUUGUAGAGUCUAUUGUUGAUAGUGAUGAGGAAGAAGAUCUGGCAGAGAGCAUGGAUAGUUUAACAGUUCGCGAUCCCGUACGAGAAUGUUUGGAAAAAGAUCCAAUUGACAGAACAGAAGACGACAUAGAGACUCUUCUGGAGUUCACCCAACAGUUGAAAGCAUUUACGAAUAUGACAAUGGCUGUCAGAAGAGCACUGUGCGCUGUAAUGGUGUUCGCGGUGGUUGAUCGUGCCGGGAUGGUGGUCUUAAAUGACGGCGAGGAGCUAGACAGUUGGAGUGUCUUGAUUAACGGUGCUGUCGAGAUUGAGCACAACAAUGGCGAAAUUGAACAACUCGGCCUUGGAGACAGCUUUGGUAUCUUGCCCACUAUGGAGAGAUUGUUACAUCGCGGAGUUAUGAGAACAAAAUGCGACGAUUGUCAGUUCGUUUGUGUCACGCAAGCCGAUUACUUUCGAAUUCAGCAUCAAGGCGAAGAGAAUACCAGGAGACACGAGGAGAACGGAAGGGUGAUUCUGGUGACUGAAUUACGUGGUGCUUUGGACGGUGCCGCGCGAAGAGGUCACGUGGUGAUUCGGGGAACGCCGGAACGUUUGAUGUUACAGCUUAUAGAAGAAAACAGUAUUACAGAUCCUACUUACGUUGAAGAUUUCUUAUUGACUCAUCGAACGUUCAUUGACAGUCCCUUGUUAGUCGCGAGUCAAUUGUUGGAGUGGUUUGAUCAAUCGCAGGUGCGGGAUCGCGUUGCUCGCGUCGUACUGCUAUGGGUAAACAAUCAUUUCACCGACUUCGAGACUGAUCCGGCAAUGAUGGAGUUUUUAGAAGCAUUCGAAGCCGGACUAGAGAAAGAAAAAAUGCUCGGACAACAAAGGUUAUUAAAUAUUGCGUGUGCGGCAAAAGCGAGAACGCGAAACGUAACACUAGCCAGGCCAAACAGGGACGAAGUCCUAAAUUUUAGUAUCUUAGGAGGAUUUGAAAGAGGUUUUGGUAUAUUUAUAUCAAAAGUUGACAAGAGAUCUAAGGCUGAGGAUGUUGGUUUGAAGAGGGGCGAUCAAAUUUUGGAAGUAAACGGUCAAAGUUUCGAGCACGUAAACCACGCGAAGGCUCUCGAUAUUUUGAGAGCGUCUACGCAUCUAAGUAUAACCGUUAAAUCCAACUUGCUUGCUUUCAAAGAAAUGCUUCAAAUGCCUGAGAAUUCCCCGAGGCCCCGAGGCAGAGCAAAUAAGCCGGAACUUCCUAGACUUCAGUCGGAUCCGCGUGUUAGGUUAUCGACACACGUGGAUCCAAUGACGCCUGUGAAUCCGUUAAAUCCCAUGAUCGGUGGAGUACCGCUGUUAAUUCCGGACAACAACGUGUCGCCGUGUAAAGACGCCAAAAAAGAGCACAAGGGAUUCAUGACACUGGGACCCAAGCGACGAUUGCAAAAAGCUCUUAUGAAGAUGAACAUAUUGCCAAAGAACACGAUCAACGACGGUGUACACGUGGACGAUCCUCUUGCGCCACCGCACACACCACCGGGAACAGGACUUACGCAAACGACUAAUCUGUAUCACUCGAAGAGCAAUCCGGACCUUACGUCGCUUUAUUGCUACGACGACUUGAGAGCAAACGAUUAUCCUGAACACGUACUCAAAGUAUAUAAAGCCGAUCAAACCUGCAAGUAUCUUCUUAUUCACAAAGAAACGACGGCGCAUGAGGUGGUAAUGCUCGCACUGCAAGAAUUUGGUAUAACGGAAAGCAGUUCUAACUUCUCGUUGGCGGAAGUGAGCGUCGGGGAGGGCGGCAUGAUUAAGCAACGUAGAUUGCCGGACCAGUUGCAGAAUCUCGCGGAACGCAUUGGGUUAAGUUCGCGCUACUACUUAAAGACCAACGGAAUUUCCGAAACUUUAGUAGCCGACGAUCAAGCUCCGGAACUUAUUCGAGAGUCUCAAGUACACUUCUUGCAGUUAAAUGCCGUGGAAGUGGCGAUACAACUAACUUUACAAGACUUCAGUAUAUUCAGACAAAUUGAAUCUACGGAAUAUGUGGAUGAUUUGUUCGAGUUGAAGAGCAGGUACGGUGUGCCCAUGCUCAGUCAGUUUGAAGAACUAGUCAACAGAGAAAUGUUUUGGGUUGUAACGGAAGUUUGUUCUGAACACAAUCUCGUACGCAGAAGCAAAAUUAUUAAGCAGUUUAUUAAGAUAGCGCGACAAUGCAAAGAAUGCAAGAACUUCAAUUCUAUGUUUGCGAUCGUUUCCGGUUUGGGCCACGGGGCGGUGUCGAGAUUAAGGGCUUCGUGGGAAAAACUGCCAACCAAAUAUCAAAGACUAUUCAGUGACUUACAGGAAUUAAUGGAUCCCAGUCGCAACAUGAGUAAAUACCGACAGUUGGUAGCGUCCGAGCAAACGCAACCGCCGAUAAUACCUUUUUAUCCAGUUGUGAAGAAAGAUCUGACCUUCAUACAUCUCGGCAAUGACACAAGAGUUGAAGGUCUGGUAAACUUCGAGAAACUCCGAAUGAUCGCAAAGGAAGUGAGAACGCUGACAAACAUGUGCUCCUCACCGUAUGAUUUAUUAACCAUGCUGGAGAGAGGCGGACAGCCACCGAGUUCCGCGAUGGUUGCUCUGAAUCAAAUGACUACUGGUAAUCAAGGCGGCCAAACUGCAACGGUGAAACGACGAAAGAAAUCCACGGCCGCUCCAAAUCCGAAGAAAAUGUUCGAGGAAGCGCAGAUGGUGCGAAGAGUGAAAGCCUAUCUGGCGAACAUGAAGGUGAUCACGGACGAAGAUCGACUGCAUCAACUUUCUGUCGAUUGCGAACCGCACGCGGGAGCAGUUGCGGUCGCUGCCGCCGUGCCAUUGGGUGGCAGUCGGGGAAGGAGGCAUCCGUCGCCUACUUUGUCGACUACCAGCAGCGCCAGUAGCACCAGCGAAGGCAGAAAGAGUAUACAAGGUACAAAAUUUGGCGCAGCGUCGCCGCAAGCCGUGAGGAAGAUGUUGGCUCUGUCGGAUCCUCACAAGACGCGACCGUACCAGCCCAAACACUGUGCGCCGCCGCUACCUGUGCCGGGACUGGGUCUCCACUCGACUGGAUUGGAGCCUAGUCCAGGUGCGCCUAGAAGAGUAGGAUCCGGUAGCAGAGUACCGAUGCACGAGCGAUCGCACAGCGACACCCCCGCCAGUCUGCCACCUCCCGUUGAUCUCAGCGCGGAGAGUAGUAGCGUGACUAGUCUGAGCAAUCUCCAGCCGUUAAGGAAAACUCUAACAAGUGGUUCGGUGACGAGCAGUGACAGUGGUCAUAGCACUCAGCUGGACAGCCACAGCGGGAGCAGCGUGGAAGCGGGCGGCAGCCCACCGCCACCGCAAAGGCGACACUCCGCUCUGCAAGGGUCUGUUGUAAGAGGUGGAGCACCUCCGUUCCCUCACGCGGUAGCAGUGUUACCUCCGCUUCCUGUCAAUCAGAAUCACAAUCAUCAUCACCAUCAUCACCAUCACCAACAUUAUCACGAUCAUCAUCACCAACCCCCAACUCCUCAAGGUACUACGGGGAUGGGAGUAAACAUGGGCCUAGGAAUGCCUGCCCCGUUACCGCCGCCCAGCGCGGGGACCACGACCAUAAUGACGACGAUGGGGGCUAUGACGAGCAACAUGACGUCGUCGAUCACCACGAUGCGACCCGGCAUGGGCAGCAGCACGCCGCCGUGCCGUCAACCACCGGCGUACAAAGUCGCGCAACAGAUGGCGAGAUUGCACAGACUCGGUCGUGCCAAUAGCCACGAAGGAGUCACUUAUCGUGCCACCGAUCAUGAAGAUGAUGACGACGACGCCCAAGUGUCGGCGGUUUAAAGUGGUCCACGAAUUUCGCCGAGAAUUUCGGUUACCGUUUAGUUAAUUUUGUCAUAUACCCCGUUUCUUUUUUACGCGGUCAAAAGAGAAAUCGUUUCCUUGUGACGAUGUGUAUAUGAGUAUGUAUGUGUGUGUGUGCGUGUGUGCGUGCGUGCGUGCGUGCGUGCGUGCGAUCUAUUACGGAAAGAGAACGCGGGGAAGAAAAACGCGCGACACACGCGAUUAGAUUUUUUCUCUCUGUAACCGUGAAUGUAAUCAUUCGCAUUCGUGUCGCAUUCUAAUCCAACGACCCGUUUAAAGACGUUCGUAUGUUUGUCGACUGUCUUUCGAGUCCCUUUUGCUGCGUAGGGAAUAUUCAUUUAUAUAUAUAUAUAUAUAUUAUAUAUAUAUAUGUGUGUGUGUACUUUGUAUACUGUGCGAGAGAGAAAACUGCGUUUAUUCUUGUUUAAGCAGAGCGCUUGUGUCUUCCAAGAGUGCCCGCGACGACAAAAAAUGUUGAAGAUUUUGAACAACUGAGAAUCUCAAGCGUGAAAGUAUUCGUGCGACGCGUGUACCGUUUUAUUCGGCACUGCGGAACAACAAACAAACAAAAAUAAUGACAAAUAAUAACUGACGAAUGCCGGGUGAGAAGACGCGCAGUAGGAGAGAGUACUUUUCUUUUAUUAGACUGAAGAGAGGCGCUUCUAAGAGCGAUAGAUGCGCUCACGUGAGCGCGCGUCACGGGAUUUAAGAGACGGAGGGCGAGAAAGAGAGCGGUCGUAAUUAUUCUAUAUAAAUGUGUAAUAAAAAUCGAGUCCAAAGAUGUUAUAUAUACUUCGUGUCGCCAGAAAACAAAAGAAUACGGAUGAUGGCAUGUCCUGUAAUAUAUACUUGAUAGACUAAUAUCUUUAAUAUCCCGUAGUAGCGUAAGUUGGUGUAAAUAGCGUAGCGAGUUAUAUAUAUAUAUAUAUACAUACACAUAUAUAUAUAUAUAUAUAUAUAUAUAUAUAUAUAUAUAUAUAUAGUAUUUUAGGAGGAACACACAGGGGGAUUACAAAGGAAUGACACACAAAGAGACUCAGCGAGAAGUGUUUGAAGAUCACGUGCAGUUGAUUCUCGUUUAACGUUGAUUGGCGUUCCACUGGUAUUAUACAGAUGUAAGAAAUUAAAACAAAAAUUCGUCUCUUGUAUAUCGAUAAGAAAAAAAAAAAAAAUGAUGACACUCGCAACUAUUAAAUUUUCGUCGUUAUUCGCAAACCGGUUGAUCCGUUUUUUUUUUUUUACAAGCGCGCUUGCUUUUAAAAAUGUUUCCAAUUACUAACAUCCGGCUUUGAGAUAGCGUUCGGAUUUUACGAGAUAAAAGUUUUAUGUGUUUUUUCCGCCGAGUUUUUAAAGUUUUUUGAUGUCGAUGAGAGGUUAAACAAACGAAAAAAAAGUUUUUCUCGAAAAGAAGAGGAUUAUCAUCGAGUCCGAUCGAGUUAACAGGUUUUCACAUUGCAGCGUGCGAUCGUUUCCUCGUUCUCACACGUUACGCGGGAUCGUAUCUCGUUUCGUUUUCUUUGUGUGUGUGGAACACAUGACAAUUUUUAACUUGCAAGCAAGUUGUCGUUUCCUCGCGAUUUCAGUUUUUUUUUUUUAGGUUUUCGAUACUUCGUCCGGUAUCGUCAGAUUACAUUCUUCGUUAUUUUUAUCGAUACUUUGGUUUCUUUUUUUAGCUUUACUUGCAGCGUGCGAAAGAAAUCUCUUCGGGUCGUCGCAUCUCGUCGUAGAAUUCGAGGGUAAAAAAGGGGGAUAAAAAAAAAAAAGACAAAGGUUUUGCUAUUUUACAUGUCGAUGUGAGAGAAGCGCGGUUUAACUUUAUUAUAUCGUAGAUUUAUAUAUAUAUUCAUGUAUAUUACAUAUUAUAUACACACACAGGCACAUGCAUGUGUACGAGUACAUAGGUGCAGAUAUACGCUCUUGUCCACUCACACGAGACUUGAGUCCUUUUACGAGUAUUAUAUUUAAAAAAAAAAAACGGAAAAAAAAACUGUGUAAUUCGUGCGUGCACGACGAAUGUGUUACGAUACGCGUUCAGCAAAGAGGGCCUAAAUUACUCGGGCACCGUUUUUGCGAUUGCCAAGUCUGCGGAAAACGAAAGCGAGAGAGAGAGAAAGAGAGAGAGAGAGAGAGAGAGAGAGAGAGAGAGAGAGAGAGAGAGAGAGAGAGAAAUAGAGAGAGUAUGAAAGAGAGUGUGAAUGUGUACGUAAGAAAGCAAGAGAAAGAAAGAGAGAGAGAGAGAGAGAGAGAGAGAUUAUUAAGUAUCGAGGAUCAACACAGUACUUUUAUGGAUGAGACUCAAAUCUCUACCAUUAAUUACAUUCCAAUUACUUCGUCUUGCCGAAUCUUUACAUCCCUCGAUAUGCCUUCCACUUCCGUGUGACCAUUUUUUUUAACAAAAGGAAAAAAAGAGAGGAAAAUCAAGAGUCUCGAAUUCAACAAAAAAAAACUGCCGUUAGUUGUUAUACAUUAUUGUGUGUCAUCACACUUGCAAUUUUCGUUUGCAUUAAAAAAUGUUUCUUCUUUUUUACUAUAAAAGACCAAUCUCUCUCGAAGUCCACGAAGACUGUGUUACUCUUCGACGGUAGUGUCUAGCGAAUCCUGAAAGAUCGAGAGGAAGGAUCGAUCCCUCGGCUCGGUCUCUCGGGAAACGGAAAUUCAUUAUAUUAUAUUUACUGCAUAUAUUCGUAUAUAUAUAUAUACACACAUAUAUAUAUAUACAUAUAUAUAUAUAUAUUAUAUCUCUUUGUACAUAUCCUAAUACGACUUUUAAAUAUUAAUAUCCCACGUUUUUUCGAGGAGAAAGUUUUAAGUGUAUUUACUGGUGUAUUUAAGGUUCUCUUCGUAAUGCAGCGUCAAAAACUAGAGAGCUAAAACUAGAAGAGUUUUCAUUUUUCUUUCUUUCAAAACCGACGGAUUCAUUUUGUUUUUUUUUUCCUUUUUAAUCAUCAUGUCUUCUUUCAUCGCAAUACAUUUUUUGUGCAUUUCGGGCGUUUAAUUAACCAGGCUCUGUUUAAUUCCACGUGCAUUUAUAAUUUUUAUCUGAGAGAAAACCGAUGGGGAUUUUAUCGACUAUUAUCGAAAACACUUGUGCGCUCUCUCUUCAUUUUUGCUGUCACAUCGUUAUCCUGUAUUUUAAAACCGCUUUUUUUUUUGUAGGAUUAAAUACAGAGAAAGAUCUAAAUAAGAAAAAAAAAACGCUUUACGUUUUGUGUGACAUUCGUGUGCGACGAAAAUGUGUAAAAUUUCGCAAAAACUGUCACGCGAGAUACCUGAACUCUCGGAAAGGAUGCAGGAUUCUUGGUAGAAAAUAUAUAUUGAAUAUUUUACAUGUUGUUUUAAGAUAUCCACACGCGCGCGUUAGAUAUGCGCGACGGGUACAAGUCUCGUAUAUUGUAAGAAGAGCCUGGACAAGAUGGAUAAUUCGCGCUCUGUUCUUUUUUUUAGAGAACAUUACGUUCGCAAGAAACAAGUACAAUCGUCAUAUGGCGAGAAUGGUUUGGAAAACAAAAAAGUUGACACCGCACACACCUUCUUUCGCUCGUCGUUUCUUUCUUUUUUUUUUUUUUUCUUAAUUUAUAAUCACGUCUCGUUCUGUUGUUUUAAUUAUUUAUAACCUCGAGAUAUUAUAUUCGUCUACAUAACGCGGACAAGCAAGCAACAGAAAAUUUAUCUUUUGUAUUUAAUUUGUUUAAUAAAACUUGUGAAUCAUAAUUACAAUGUCUCCCCCACCCCCCGCCCCGCCUUUUUCAGUUUUUCACUUCGUUCGUUCGUUUUUAUCCUGUCCUCGUAAACGAGAAUUUAUUUAUUGUAACGAUUUACAGUACAAAAGCAAACUAACACUCCCUUCGGUCAAAAUUCUUGCGAAGGUACAGUAGUUUCUCGUAAUCUGUCAUCAAUGUUUAUGCGAAAAUCAAGAGCAAAGCAAGACCGUGAGCGUGAAGGUGAAAAAUGGCAAAUUGACAUCCAAGAGCGAGAAACUACUGCACGUAUAUGUGUGUGUACAGGCUACAACCGCGAAGUGACUCUGUCGCACGAAACAUUUGAGAGAAGAAAAAAUUGCGGAAGGAAGAACGUCUGUAUUUAUAAAUAAACAAAUUUUUAUUUUUGCCCUUGUAUACAAAAAGACGCUCGCGCGUGAAGAAAUUUAGACGUUCUUUCUCUUUGGCGCUUUGAACUGAUUUCGCGAUAAUUUUGAGAUUAGAUUUUUUUUUCUCAGACCGAUUGUUGUCCAACUUCGACAAAACGAAAAAAAAAAAAAAAAAAAAAA